AUGAUGUUUUCUCUCUCUGUGUUGGUCCUCCUUUGCGGGAUCGGUGGAACGUUGACUGCAAUUGUGCCUUUGUCUCACCAUCGGGAGAGAGUUUGCUGUCCCGAGGGCUGGACUCAGAAGGAUGAUAACUGUUACAUGUACAAAGCCGAGCCAAGGACUUUUAUCGAUGCCGAGAGGGUCUGCAACCUGGUUGGCGGGAAUCUGGCUUCAAUCAGCAACAUUUUAGAAAAUGCGGUCGUUUUUCAACUGGUCGCGAAAGCCGGUGGGGAUGAAGCCUGGAUUGGACUCCAUGAUGCCGUUAAGUCUGAAGAGUACCUUUGGACCGAUGGCACCAAGUUUGUCUUUUCGAACUUCGCCUCAUCAGUGGCAUCUGGCGGCGAUUCAUGUGUGGUGAUUAAAGCCUCUGGAAGUCAAGGCGAAUGGGGAGGCGAGCCGUGCGACGACGACGAGCCGUACGUUUGCAUCAGACCGGCAAAAUGUCAGAUACACUAAUCACACCUUCUGCCAUCACUCAUCACAAUGACUGUAAUGAGACGAUAUUAAACUUUUGUGGUGUCACUUUAUAUCUGGGCUUAUUCUCAAGAACUGUA